UUAAUAACAACAUGGUGGGGCAAGGACGCCGGAUUUGGCAGUGGUUGUACAUCCAUCGAUAGGACAAGCACGAGCGGUGUUGACUUCUAUGUCGACUGGCAAUGGUCUGGCGGAACAAAUAACGUCAAGUCAUACCCAUACGCAGGCAAGACCCUCUCUUCUAAGCGCAUUUGUCAGCCAAAUUAGCAGUAUUUCAACUUCGGCGUCAUGGAGCUACACUGGUGACAACCUACUCGCUGAUGUCGCAUAUGACCUCUUCACCUCUUCGAACCUUAACCCAGCUCAGGCUUUACGAGCUCAAGAUUUGGCCAGGCCAGCUCGGCAGCGUCCAGCCAAUCGGCUCCUAGGUCACUACAGCCAAUCUGAACGGUGUCAACUGGAACGUGUGGGACGGCUACAACGGCGCCAUGCGCAUCUACAGCUUCGUUACCCAAAGCUAUACUAAUUCAUGGUGUGUCAAUUUCAGGAACUUCUUCAACUACGUCUCGAACAACCGCGGCUUCCCACCCAGCAGCCAGUUUCUCAUCAGGAAGUAUUGCUCUUCCCAUACCUCUAGUUCCUGUUUUCUGUCAUUUUACCCUUGCGCAAUUCGGCACCAAGCCUUUCACAGGAGGUCCCGCGACCUUCACUAUUUCAAACUGGACCAUGUCGGUCAACUGAAACGCUAUCUCUUCUAUUUGCAGUUAAAAGCACGAUGUUGGCUUGAAAAAAAUGUAGUGUUCAAAUUGCAAGGGCUAACUGAUCUUUAUUGUCUUGGCUUCGGCCUAAAUACCAGCCGCAACUAACCGAGUUCCUCUGAUCUGAGCCGGCAAUCGUAUUCAAAAUUUGUUCGAUGAUUACAUGGAUCCUCAAGUCUGUGAUCAGUAAAUUGCAGUACUCGCCUACUACGACCCUGUAGCUCUGUGUAUAUGAGUUGGCGUUUCUCGGUACGAGCUCAGGCUCCUGAAUGACCAGUAGCUGUUAUUGACAUUGUGGAAGAAAACAAGGGUUUUAGAGUUACAGUCCUAGAGCUAGUGUCGCUUUGAAUGAACUGCUAAAA